AUGGAAUUUCUAUAUUCUAACGCGGGGAACUACCUCAGCCAAGAUUCGGCCCAAACACUAGAGCAGCGAAGGCGGAACGCCAAGUUCGUCAAGGAACAGGACGCCCGUCGCGGGAAGUCGGAGAACGACAUCAAGAAGCGCAGCAAGGAACAAACCAAAUCGCCCAUCUCCCUCUUCUGGCUUGGUAUCCUUGGCUUUGUCGUUUUCGGUGGCCUGGUUUUCGAAGUCAUCUCGCGCAUCUUUUUCCGAUGA